GCAUGAUUUCAAAGAAAUGACUUGGACAUCUUGGUGGAUGUUGUCAUUUUCAUUUUCAUUUUCAUUUUCAUGUACGUGUAAGUGGGGAGUGUUAUCUAAGUAUAGAUAUAGAGACCUUUUCAUUCUCAUUCUCAUUCUUCUGCUUCGCUUUCUUUCCUCCUCGUUCUUCGUUCUACCAUAUAUUCUGCAGCGUUACACUUGUGUUAGAUCCACCGUCUAGAAAUACCCUGCCAGGCAAAGUUCCUGACUCUCCUCGCGUCAUUUCAACGCCUCGGAUUUCACAACCUCCCAUCCAAAUCAUCCUCAAUUGAGCCACCAGGUUUCAAGCUCAAAGUCUCGAGCCUCCACGACUUCACAUUGUUUACACAAGCCCUCAUUUCCCACCCACGAACAAUCUAAUCUUAUAUCUCCUCCCACCCCCAUCUUCGCAAAACCUCCACCCCACACACCUGAUCCUCGAUCUGGACUCGCGCUACCCCACUCGCGUCACUUUCCAGGGUCUCACCACGCUACAAAAUUUUGCGCUACUACCUGCCUGACUCUUUGGCAACAGUUUCCGUACACCGUAAUCUCCAGCUUGAAUACUUCUUCCGGCUACGCGCUGUGUUCCGAUCUGCUCGAAGCCUUCGGGUUGUGGUCUUGUGAGAGGUAUCACUGACACAGACACUUGCGACCGUUCGAAUCGAGAAGUGUCUCAGUUCUACGAAGCACAAGAAGUGAUCUUGUAUAUAGAGAGAGCAAAGUCAGAAUUCAAAAUGGACACAUCAGUCGCCGAAGAAUCUAUUCCUACUUAUGAAGAAGUGUGUUGGAAAUCCAAACCUUACAGAACAAUGACUUACCCCCCACGCACACAAUCCCACCACCACCACCCCAUCCCCGCACCCCGGACCCGCUCCAAAAAAGGCGCCCCCCUCGACCCCUACGAUCUCUCCCGCCGUCUCAGAGCCCACCUCGCCCAACAAAAGGCCCUCGCCGAACACCGCCGCGCAUCCCUCUCCUCCACAUCCACAGACCCGUACCACCACACCCCCCAAGUCGCCGCCCUCUCUUUCGAACACACAGCCACUGCUGAAAAACUCCGCAACGUCCAUAAACUCUCCGAGCCCGCGCUGAAAAAUCUAGGGUACAUGACCAUUGACGCAGGCGGCGGCGGACUAGGAGGAUGCGGUUCCGGAUACGCAUAUCAGAAACCCGGCACGCUUUUACAGAAAACGCAAAUCUACGAUCAUGUCACGGCGGACAAGGCAAAAGUGAGAAAUCGAAAUCAGUAUCAGUGGACAUCGGCGCUGGAGCGUGCGGCGGAAUUAGAUGCCGAGAGGGACGUGUAUCGAUGUCCUCGGCGAACGUUCAAUUCAGAUGUACCGGUUGUGCAUAAAAGCCGCGCGGGCAUGCGGCCCAUGAGCAUGGGGGAUUAUUUGCCGUGGGAGGAAAAGGAGGAGAGGGAGGUGAAGGAAGUGAAGAGGGAGAAGAACGAUAGACAUGACUGGACGCAGCGGGAUGAGAGUGAGGAGACGAGAAGGUCGAUGAGGGAGAGGGUGGGGCCGCUGCUGUCAUUGAAACUUAAGAAGGGGAAAGGACUCGAGGAGGGGGAGGGGGGAAGGACAAAGUCGCUGGUGAGAUCACCGAUUAGAGUGAGCUUUUUUGGGAGGUUUAAACGUAGUUCUCCUAGUCAUGGAUGGUAGUUAAUAAAUUAAUUUUAUUUA